AUGGACAAAGCGCUCUCGCUCCCAGAAAUACGACUCCAGAUAUGCUCUCAGGUUGCCUCACAAGAUACCCUCGCCAAUCUCGCCCGAACGUCGACCUUGUUCCGGGAUCCCGCGUUGGACUGGCUCUGGUCAGGUUCGGAACUUACGCACACGUCAAUAUCCCACAUCCGCCAUGUUAUCGACCCCGACGCUAUCAUAGAAGGUAAAGAAUACCCGCAAUAUGGAAUGAUUGUGGACUUGAAUCUCAACCCCGAAGAUUGGGAUCGCAUCCUCUUCUAUACAAAACGCAUCGUAUUUAUGUCGAUAGACCCCAAGACCUACACGGAACCCCGCUUACGUCACCCAGCGCUCUUGAAGCUGUUGUCGUCUCCAUCGAGCCUUGAUACGGCAUUCCCAAGGCUCCGACACAUCAUCGCAGGCAAGACUAACAGAACCGAGGAUCUUCGCGCAUCAACCCUCUUCUUUUCUUCUCGACUUCUCUCCGUUGACAUCAUCUGCAACCCAGACAAUGGGCUGAUGGUCAGGGAUGCUCUUCUAGAGCGGUGCCCAUCUCUGCAGCGCCUGAGCGUGCUAGAUGAGCACCAGGCUUCCGAUCUGCCUGCCUCUAUGACGUUGAUAUCCUCCACAGUCGUCCGUCUUCAUAUGCUCUCGGCGCUACUAUGCUACAAUCUCAGCUGGCAAGCUCUUUCGGAUAUCUCUCGUUCAUCGCAUCUCCGCCAUCUCGUUCUCGCCAACCAGGACUGGAACGAAACCAAGAAGAGCUCACCCGUUCCUAAACCCGCAACCCUUCCGUUUCCGUGUCUUCAAACCCUGGAACUAAGCCCUCCUAAUGCAGAAUCUGCCGUAGAGCUACUGCGUAGACUUGAAGUUAUUCCUCGCAUGGUCAAGAUAUUUGGUUUGGAGCUGUCCAUCACCGUCGAUGAGAUGCAAGAAAUGUUCAUCAUCCUGUCUCAGGCCCCCAGGACCUACCUAGAAGAGCUGAUUAUAGACGCUAAGCACUCUCAAACGGACGCGAGAGGCAUAAUCACGAUGGAUACACUUAGGCCGCUCUUGCGCCAUGGCCAACUUUGCCACCUUUCCGUCGACGUUCCCCACUCUAUAUCGCUCUCGCCGGAAGACGUCCGGGAGCUCGGUCAGGCCUUCCCACGUCUUGAUACGAUCCGCUUUGAUUCGUCCUCCGACUCUUCAAUGUUAUUGGACUGUGUCCUGGCGCUGUCCUGCGAGUGUCCCAGACUGGCUGACAUUACUUUUCCUCUCGAUUUCUCUGUCCAAACCACGCCAUCCACAUACUCGAAUUCACCGGAUAAACCUUCACGCCUUCAACGCGCCCAUCUCUUCAUGGCAGGCGGGGCGGAUGUCGGGAUGCUCGCUCAAACGGUUACAGCACACUUUCCGUUCUUAACGACACUCAUUGUGGACGAAGGAAUGCGUUACAGAAACGAUGUGGGCGAGGAUUACAAAGUAGUAACAAGAGCCUGCGUUGCGCCCCUUCUGCAGCUCAGCGGGCUUCGAGUCCUGUCGCUUAAUCUCGAAGGAGUUUUCAAACUCACAGAUACCGAUGUUAUACAGGUAGCCGAAGCGCUCCCGCGCCUCAAUCGUCUAGAUAUUGGCGGUUGGUCGUCUGACUCGUCCAGCCUCGGGGUCGCCUUCGACACAGUGAUUGCAGUGACAGAUCUCUGUCCAGACUUAUCUGAACUUACAAUUUACGUUGACACCACCGACGCCUUCAGCAGGUCUACUCUCGAGCAGCGUCUUGAGGCUCGGCAGGGCCGCCGAAACCAGAUUUUAACGAAGCUCAACGUGCUACACACGAGAGUCAAGGGCAAGAUCCUCGGCGAUUUUGUUAUCCUCCUGGCGGUCGUCUACAAGAAUCUCGGCACCAUAUCUGUUGGCACAUCCGUCUACUUACGUCCAGCGUUCUUUCUCGUGGAUGAACUACUCAAGGAGAUUCGGAGGGUGGAUUCGAAGUAUGAAGAGAUAGGUGUGCAGGACAUUGAUUGGCUGCGUGGGAUGCUGGAGCCCAUCAUCGAAAAGCAGAAGAGGCCCCGUGUAGACUUCAAUUUCCCAGAUUUGAAGAUAGACCCUACCGAGUAUGAAUCAGAUUGAUAAGAACGUUGACAUACCCAUACCUUCGUCUAUCUACUUAUGCACCAAAAUGUACGACUACUUCUAGCGCGUCUGUGCACAUCUACC